GUCAAUAAUCCUAAUUCUCAAUGUUUUGGCGGCUGGGGUUAGCUAGCAUUGAUGUGCAAACUGUUAUGUGCAUAUAUUUCUGAAUAUAUUUCACAAAUCCAUUGUAAUAGAAUUAAUUGAUAAGUAUAAUUUAUAAUUAAUUGAAGUUUUGGAAACAAGUUUUAAAUCAAAAUGGAUAAAAACAAAGAAAAGGAAGAACAAAGUAUCAUGGAUAAAUCCAUGAGAUCUGUUUUCGUUGGUAAUAUCCCGUACGAAGCAACCGAAGAGAAAUUAAAAGAUAUAUUCAGUGAAGUGGGCCCAGUGUUGUCUUUUAAGUUAGUGUUUGAUCGAGAAACCGGCAAGCCUAAGGGCUAUGGAUUCUGUGAAUAUAAGGACCAAGAAACUGCUUUGAGUGCAAUGAGAAAUUUAAAUGGAUAUGAAAUAGGUGGUCGAUCCUUAAGAGUUGAUAAUGCUUGUACGGAAAAAUCAAGAAUGGAAAUGCAAGCUUUAAUGCAAGGGCCACAGAUAGAAAAUCCAUAUGGCGACCCGGUAGAUCCAGACAAGGCUCCAGAAGCUAUAAGUAAAGCAGUGGCAACAUUACCUCCAGAGCAAAUGUUUGAAUUAAUGAAACAAAUGAAACUAUGUAUUCAGAAUAAUCCAACUGAGGCGAGGAAUAUGUUGCUUCAAAACCCCCAGUUGGCUUAUGCACUGCUGCAAGCUCAAGUUAUUAUGAGAAUUGUUGAUCCAGCUACUGCAGCAAGCAUGUUACAUCCCAGUAAUCCAGUACCACCACCACUGCAACCAGGAGAGAAGCCACCACCCACUUAUAACCCACCACCACCUGCUCAGCCUCAACCAAUGCUUAACAAUCCAGUACCACCUCCGAAUCAAUAUGUCCCGCGCCCCCCCCAAAUAUCGGUGAUGUCGCCGCUCAACAUGGACGUGGACCUGCGCAGCGCGCGCGCGCCCGCGCUGCACGACCAGGACAUGCGCAGCCUGCCGCCCAUGCCGCACCCCGUGCCGCCGCCGCCGCAGCAGGACGCACCUCACACUACGGAAAAUCCAGUUGAGAGAAUGUUCCCGCGUGAUCCUCGUCUAGCGAACAUGCAAGGAUUCAGCGCUGAUCCACGCGUCCGUCCUAACGACCCAAGGACUCAAACCAAGAUGCAGCAGCCUCCUCCGCAAAUGCCUCCGGGAAUGCCCAGCGUCGCUCAGGCUAGAACUAUUCAAGGCAUACCUUCUGGUGCGUCGGAUCAAGAAAAGGCUGCCUUGAUCAUGCAAGUGCUGCAGUUAUCUGAUGAACAGAUUGCCCUCCUGCCUCCCGAACAGCGAUCCAGUAUCCUCAUGCUGAAAGAACAAAUCGCUAAGAGCACACAGCGCUAAUUUAUGCAAAUGAUUAAAAAUAUAUCAUUUUAUGUGUAAUAAAAAAAUAUU